AUAGCUUCUUUUCGUCUGCCCCAUCGCAAGAAGAUGGCAAAAGCAAACAUAACCAGAGACAUCAUCCACAGGCAGAUCAAGGAGAGGGGGGCGCUGGGCUUCGAACGACAUUAUCACGUCACCGAUCCAUUCAUUCGACGCCUGGGCCUGGAAGCAGAAUUACAGGGUCACUCUGGGUGUGUCAACUGUCUAGAAUGGAAUGAAAAAGGAGACUUGUUGGCCUCCGGCUCUGAUGACCAGCAUACCAUUGUCUGGGAUCCUCUGCACCACAAGAAACUCCUUUCUAUGCACACAGGGCAUACUGCAAACAUCUUUUCUGUCAAGUUCUUGCCACAUUCAGGGGAUCGGAUCCUCAUCACGGGAGCUGCAGAUUCCAAGGUGCAUGUCCAUGACUUGACCGUCAAGGAGACCAUCCACAUGUUUGGAGAUCACACCAACAGAGUUAAGCGGAUUGCCACAGCUCCCAUGUGGCCUAACACCUUCUGGAGUGCAGCAGAAGACGGGCUAAUCAGACAGUACGACCUGCGAGAGAACAGCAAACGCUCAGAAGUCCUGAUAGACCUGACGGAGUACUGCGGGCAGCUGGUGGAGGCCAAAUGCCUGACGGUCAACCCGCAGGAUAACAACUACUUGGCAGUGGGGGCAAGCGGACCCUUUGUGCGGCUCUACGACAUACGCAUGAUCCACAACCACAGAAAAAGCAUGAAGCAGAGUCCUUCAGCUGGAGUGCACACCUUCUGCGACCGACAGAAGCCCCUCCCGGAUGGAGCGGCGCAGUACUACGUGGCAGGGCACCUUCCAGUGAAGCUUCCGGACUACAACAACCGGCUGAGGGUUCUGGUGGCCACGUACGUCACCUUCAGUCCUGAUGGCACCGAGCUCUUAGUCAACAUGGGAGGGGAGCAGGUCUAUUUGUUUGAUCUAACGUACAAACAGCGACCGUACACUUUCCUACUCCCAAAGAAGUGCCAUACUUCAGGGGAAGUGCAGAAUGGAAAAACCUCUACCAAUGGAGUGUCGAACGGCAUCCACCUCCACAGCAACGGCUUCCGCUUGUCUGAAGGAAGAGCACAUGUGAG